AUGGGUGGUGGCGAAGGUGGCGGUUGUUGGUGGUGGUUGGUUGUGGAGGUGGUGGUGUUUGGUGGCAGUGGUGGUGGUGGUUGGUGGCGGAUGGAGGUGGUAUCAGUUAGGAAAAUUAUAAGCUUGGAUCAUCACAUAGCAUUGGCUUCUGCUGGAUUAAAAGCAGAUUCCAAUGUUCUUAUAAAUAGGGCACAAAUUAAGUGUCAAAGCCAUAUGCAUAUUGCUAAGGAUCCAAUAAUUAUGGAAUAUAUCACACGUUACAUUGCAGGUCUUCAACGGAAGUACAAACAAAGUGGUGGUGUGAGGCUGGUUGGCCUUUCAACUCUAGAUGUAGGAUUUGAUCCAUAUACGGAUGUUCCAUCUUUAUAUCAGACCGAUCCUUGA